GGGGGCGAGAGGCGGUGGGGAAAGGGAGGAGGCUGGCCUCCGGCCCCCGCGCGCCCUCAGGCCCACCCUUUGCCCGCGCCGGGCGCGCUCUGGGGACCCCCGACGGGGCCCAUAUUUUGCUGAGGGACCUGGGUGGGCCGCGCUGGGCUCCGCUGGGCGGUGAGAGAACCGGGCGGCCUAGUGCGCUAACCUGAGGCGGUGCCGGCCAUUCUGUUGUUGGUGUCUUUGUACUUCUUAGGGCUUGAAUGGGGCCUUCUGCUGCGGGCGCUAAGCGCGACCUUCGAACCCUGGUUGCAGUAAUGGCACGCGGCGCUCUGCGUGAGUUCUGUUGGAAAGGCUCCAGGGCGGGAAACCAGGCGCUUUCUGCACGCCUGCGUCCUCAAGUAAUCUUGCAGGUCUCUGGAGUGGCUUGCUGGUCUCAUCUUCCCCUUGCCUAGUCUCAUUUUUGAAGCUCCCAAGCCAUGUCCAGACCCUCCCUCAUCACCUUCACCCCAGCCACUGACCCCAGUGACUUCUGGAAAGAUGGGCGGCAGCAGUCACAGGCUGAAGAGCUGGAGCCUAUCUUGGAUGGGGCUGCAGCCCGGGCUUUCUAUGAGGCCUUGAUUGGAGAUGAGAGCAGCACCCCUGAACCUCAGAGAUCACAACCUGAACCUGCCGGUGAGAGAAAGAGGAAGAAGAGAAGAAUGAUGAGAGAGGCUGCAACAGAAGCAUCAGGAGGACAUGGUCAAAGGAGAUCCCUUGAGGCUGAGGACAAGAUGACUCAUCGGAUACUGAGGGCAGCCCAGGAGGGGGACUUGGCAGAACUAAGAAGGCUGUUGGAUCCCCGUGAGGCAGGGGGAGCUGGGGGGAAUAUCAAUGCUCGGGAUGCCUUCUGGUGGACCCCCCUGAUGUGUGCUGCCCGAGCAGGCCAGGGGGCUGCUGUGCGCUAUCUCCUGGGCCGGGGAGCUGCCUGGGUUGGAGUUUGCGAGCUGGGUGGCAGGGAUGCUGCUCAGCUGGCUGAAGAAGCAGGCUUCCCUGAGGUGGCCCGCAUGGUCAGAGAGAGUCAUGGAGAGACGAGGAGUCCAGGGAACCGGUCCCAAUCCCUGUCCACCCAGUACUGUGAGACGUGUGAUGCCUACUUCCAAGACUCCAACCACUGCACAUCUACUGCUCACCUGCUGUCACUGUCCCGUGACCUCCGGAACCCCAGUCUGCACUUUGGGAUGCCUACUUCCAGCCCAGGCUUCAAGCUGCUGCUGAGGGCAGGCUGGGAGCCUGGAAUGGGUCUGGGACCCUGGGGCAAGGGCCGUGUCAACCCCAUCCCUACUGUCCUCAAGAGGGAUCAGGAAGGGCUAGGGUACGGAUCAGCACCCCAACCCCGAGUCACACACUUCCUGGCCCAGGAUACCCGGGCAGUGGCUGGGAGGGAGAGAGCCCCUCAGGCAGCCACACUGAGCAGAAGGGAGGAGAGAAGGCAGAGGGACAAGGACAGAGCCUGGGAGCGGGACCUGAGGACAUACAUGAACCUUGAGUUCUGACCUUGCAGAGUCUGACACUGGACUCUGUUGAAGUCUGAGCUUGUGCAUCUGACCUGGGCACUUUGAGUUACACUCCCGGUGUCUGCUCAAGUCCCAGACACUCAGAUUUUGGUCAUCAGGCCCUACCUUUGAGAGAGGGGCUGAGAGUUGAGAAAUAAAUCAAUCAUCUCA